AUGACCAAGGGAGAGGCUUCUCAGGUCAAGGUCCACUACAAGGGCAGCGACGAGGACUUCAUCCUCUUCAUCGACGACCUCGACACCUACAAGAAGUGGAAGGGGGACAAGAGCACCCCCAUGGCUCACUUCAUCUCCGCCUUCAAGAUCUUCGUAACUCACAAGCAAGGGGCUCAAGGCCAGAUGAACGGUGCCUCCAAGUCGACGCUCGAGAACGAAUUUGGCACUUCCAACGAAGAAGAGGUCAUCCAGAAGAUACUGGAGAGUGGCAGCAUCCAGGAGACGGAGUUCCCUGGGCGCCAAGGACCUAAAAACGACGCCCAGCAGGGCUCCAUCAUCACCGGCCAAGUCUCCAGAUAG